UUGAAUUACAAAGCGGGAUUAGGGUUUUACUACUUCACUCUUCUUCUUCUGCUCCUUCUCCUUCUCCUUCUCCAUCUCACAAAAAUGGCGAACCCUAAGGUCUUCUUCGACAUCAGCAUCGGCGGCGAACUCGAAGGCCGCAUCGUCAUCGAACUCUUCAACGACGUCGUUCCCAAAACCGCCGAGAAUUUCCGCGCUCUCUGCACUGGCGAAAAGGGCAUCGGUCCCCACACCGGCGUUCCCCUCCACUACAAGGGUAUGCGUUUCCACCGCGUGAUUAAAGGCUUCAUGAUCCAAGGUGGGGAUAUCUCUGCCGGUGACGGAACCGGCGGGGAAUCGAUUUACGGUUUGAAAUUCGAGGAUGAGGGUUUUGAGCUGAAGCAUGAGAGGAAAGGGAUGUUGUCCAUGGCGAAUUCGGGCCCGGACACUAAUGGCUCCCAGUUUUUUAUCACUACCACUCGGACCCCUCACUUGGAUGGGAAGCAUGUGGUGUUUGGGAAGGUUCUUAAGGGGAUGGGGGUGGUUCGUUCUGUUGAGCAUCUUGCUACUGGGGAGAAUGACCGUCCGGUUCAGGAUGUUGUUGUGGCUGAUUGUGGGGUGAUUCCGGAAGGGGGGGAUUAUGGAGUGCUUAACUUUUUUAAGGAUGGUGAUAGUUAUCCUGAUUGGCCGGCGGAUCUUGAUGAGAAGCAUGAGGAGCUUUCUUGGUGGAUGAGUGCUGUGGAUGCUAUCAAAGGUUUUGGGAAUGAGCAAUAUAAGAAGCAAGAUUAUAAGAUGGCUGUCAGAAAGUACCGCAAAGCCUUGCGCUACUUGGACGAGUGUUGGGAGAAGGAUGACAUUGACAAAGAAACGAGUGCUGCUUUGAGGAAGACCAAAUCUCAAAUCUUUACCAACAGUUCUGCUUGUAAAUUGAAAUUAGGCGAUCUACAAGGAGCUGUACUAGAUGCAGACUUUGCAUUGCAUGAGGGAGAUAAUGCAAAAGCUUUGUUCCGCAAAGGCCAGGCAUAUAUGGCACUCAAUGACAUAGAUGGUGCUGUUGAAAGCUUCAAGAAAGCAUUAGAGUUGGAACCAAAUGAUGGAGGGAUCAAGAAAGAGUUUGCAGCUGCGAGGAAAAAGGUUGCUGAUAGACGUGAUCAAGAGAAAAAAGCUUAUGCUAAGAUGUUCAAAUAGAGUUCCUGCUGUUAUGGUGCAUGUAGCAGCUGUAUGAUCUGAAAAGUUAGAUUUUUGUGGGGGGUAGUCCAUGUAAACAUCAUAUAUAGUAUAUGUUCUCGAAUUUAUGCUCUCUAGAUUGUGAAGUUUUGAUAGAGAUAGUCAUUUCAUACCUUUUCCUUCUGCCAAACUCUUUGAGCGUCAACCAUUAACUGUUGAUUUUUGACAAAAGAGGCAUAUUGAGACGUCAGAAUGAGUGCUCCCAAACUAUGGUAUUUGGUCGAAUCACUAGUUUUUCUGGCAGCAAGUAAAUAUCAACCGUUCAAAUCAGUAAAACUCCACUUUUGUUGAUUUUUAGAUUUAAGUGUUAUCAGUUUUAUUAUAAUAUAGAAAGUCAUAUCGCUGUAUGUAACUUGAUUUUUGCUUUAUGGAUUGACUAAAGAAUAUGCAAUGUCAUCCACCCAUUUUCCUUA